AUGAAACGACGACACGCCGGCAUUUCAAAGAGUAGCCACUAUCCCAUCAUGAUCGGUCGUAGUAGUUUGGACUCGGCUACGGGACGUGUUUCAUUAGACGCGUUGGCAUCCACGACCAUCACCAAUAGAAGUUUGGUACUACUAGGCUCAAACAAUUCCUCGCCGUUUAUAUCCACACCACAAAACAUGAUGUUACAUGAUCACCAUUCACCAAUUCCCGAAUCUGUCCAGUUACCGACAAUUGUUGCUUCAUCUAGUUAUGAUUCCGAUAUGGAAUCUCUUUCAUCGGAAGCAUCCGUGUCGAGUGUUGGAGAGUUAUUUAAUGAAGAUGACCAAGAGAGUUUGAAUACAAUAAGAGUAUCAACAGAUCAAACACGUAUUACUACAUUAUCUCCACUGCAAAAUUGUUUUAAUCUUGUGGCAACGAAUCUUAUUGAAACUGAUUCUGUUGGGUAUCCUGGAACAUUGUCGUUGAGCGUUCAGGAAGAUGGCGAAUAUUUGCAUUCAUUUUAUAGAGAUAGCUUUUGUAGACCUUUCAAAAUUAGAGUUAGAAUUAGUGAGUUGAGUGAGAAACUUCCAAAAGGAAUUUAUACUGACCUGGUUGAUUCCAUGACACUGUUGACCAUUGUAAAGCCGUAUAGUGUAUUCAGUACAAAUGUAAUAGUUAGAGAAGGAACCAAAAAUCAAUUUAUUGGAACGAUUUCAAAGGAUUUUCUGGUUUCCAAAUUUAAAGUGAAAUCCAGCAACAAUAAGGUAAUAUUUAGAAUUCUUCAUGAAAAGACAAAGAGCGAAACACUUCACUUUUAUUCGAUUCAUGAUGUGGCAAAGAAAGAACAAAUUGGAAAAAUUAUUUCCAAGAAAGGUGUUGAAUUUUUUCUCGAUGCUCCAACUCGCUUAAUUCCAGAAGAGAAAGCAUUGUUGAUUAGCGCUUUGAUUUUCAUUGUUUUUACCUUGCAUGAAGACAAAAAAUCAAAAGAAUUUUUUCAAAAGAAUGCGAAGGAAAAAGCAAAUGCAUGGGCACAAACUGAGAAACCAAAUGAUGCCAAUAACUUAUGA